AUGAAAUUAUCACUACCAUUUCAAGGAUAUUUUGAUCUUCUGAAGCAUCAACCGGGUGAGAAAAAGUUCGUAUGCAUCAACUGUGGUCGUCCUGUUUCAGGAUUGUAUCGUCAGAUCAGCUCAACAGCAUGGAAAAUGAUAGAAUGCGAGAAGUGCAAAAAACCAGCAGACAAGUACAUAGAAUUUGAGGUGCUUAUCAUACUGAUCGACUUAAUUCUGCUUUCGAAACCCGCAUAUCGACAUAUUUUAUAUAACUCCGAUUGUAAGAAUCUUUGGAAAAUCGGCUGCGUUCUUAUACUGCUGGAAGCCUACUGCUUCUGGUCGGAUGCAUUCCGCGGCAUAACGAGCAUCAGCUAUCGAUCGCGCGUGAACGAUCCUUUCCUGUCCGAGAAAGGGUUUUAUCUCUCGACGAUCCAUUUCGUGGUGGGAUUUUUGCUGUUGUAUGGUUUUAUUUAUUUAUUCACACGCGUCCUAUAUCGCACUGUGCCGAAGGUGACGGGGAAUGGAAAUAGCUAUCCGUACAUGUUAUUGCACGGUGUUAUUCUAGCAAGCAUCGGAAAAUUUAUGUUCAUCCCCAUCAGCAUCUGGCGGGAGAGCUCUACCGAGACGUGUAUGGCCAUCCAUAUCAUACUAGUGCUGAUGUACUUUGUAAUAUCGCUCGUCCAGAUGCACUCGGUCGUAAGUGAGUGUGCGCGAUCUCGGUCUUGUUCGAUCGUAAUUUUAGCGUUUAUUGUAAAGGCAUACUUUCUGACCCGGGUUAGCGGAUUGUUACAGGAAUUUGUCUAA